AUGUUCACGUGCGACACGGGGGGUGAGCUGAACAAGGUGGCCCACUUCUACAGCUACGAGUCCAUGGCCCACAGGGAGGAGGUGCGCAGCGCGGCGGCACGCAACCAGGCCUGGAGCGCCUACGUCGACAUCGGCCGCAAAUUUAUGGUCAAGCAGGAGUCGCGCAUCAUGCUGGAGAAUCAGGUCAUCUACAGCGCGACCGGUGCGCCUGGUGCAGCAAGCUUUGCGCCGCCCUCCGGCGGGGAUGGUCCCGGGCUGUACGAGUGGCGGCAGUACCAGCUGUCACCAGGGUAUGGCUCCGUCCCAAAGCUGCUGAAGGCCUUUGAAGAGGGUCUGCCGGACAAGAUUGCCGCCGACCCUGAGGGCCGCCUGGUGGCCCUGGCGCACAGCGACGUGGGCAUCCUCAACAACGUCAUGGAGCUAUGGCGCUACCCCAGCGCGGCAGCAUGCAUCAGGGCGCGGCAGGCGGCACGCCAGGUGCCCAAGUGGCGGGAGACCAUUGCGGCCGUGACCCCGGGGGUGCAGACAUUCACCACCUCGUUCAUGGUGCCCUGCCCCUUCUCACCCUGGCAGUAA